AUUUCCUACUGGUAGAUCGAGGCGGCGGACAAGCAGGGCUAAUAUAAAAGUAAACCAUAAACAACAGGCUUUGUCUCUGUCCAAUAUUUACUUGAUUGAGUGCACUGUCUUCAAAGGAUGAACGCCCUCGUGGCUCUCUGUCAUUUCUGUGAGCUCCACGGUCCUCGGACGCUGUUCUGCACAGAGGCCUUGCACCCUCCUUCCCCCACCCAGGGAGGGGCCCCCGUGCCUGGGGAGCGGGAGAGAGACGGGGACCGGGACGGAGAGGGCCUCACCAUGAGGGCCAACAGCUCAGCCACACAGCGAGGGGACAUGUGUGAGGGCUGCCGGUCUCUGCCCGCAUCUCACCCAGGCUUUGUGAGCAUCGACGGUGAGACGGGCAUCCGCUUCCUCAGUCACCAGCACCCCAGGCAGGCGCAGCUGUUCAGCGUGGUGCGGCAGGCCUGCGUGCGCAGCCUGAGCUGUGAGGUGUGUCCAGGCCGAGAGGGACCCAUCUUCUUCGGGGAUGAGCAGCACGGCUUCGUGUUCUCGCACACCUUCUUCAUCAAGGACAGUCUGGCCAGGGGUUUCCAGCGCUGGUACAGCAUCGUCAUGGUGGCCAUGGACAGGAUCUACCUCAUCAACUCUUGGCCUUUCCUGCUGCGCCAUCUCAGACUCACCAUACAGAGCCUACAAAGCACUGCGCUGAAGGUGUUUGACACAGAGCAGUGUGGGUGUUCCCAGCGUGCAGCCAGGAUCAACAGCGUGUUCUCUCCUGCCGUGUUCCCCCACCAGCGCAGCGGCAACGCUGCCCGCUCUCUGCCCUCCCUCACCCAGCACCCCAACCUGUGGGCCAGCCUCCACUCCUCCUUCAGCUGGUUAUUAAAGGCAUGUGGGAGCCGACUGACGGAGAAGUUGCUGGAAGGAGCCCCCACUGAGGACACACUGGUGCUCAUAGAGAGACAGACAGAGCAAGAGGAGGAAAGGAGCUGCUGGGGAGCAUCUGAGGGGAGCAGCAGUCGACCUCUGUGGCACCGAGCACAGAGCUCACAGCAGCAAGAGUUCCUGUACGAGGAAGACAAAGUAGACACGGGUCCAGGUCCCAAGUUCAGAUCUUUAAGACACCUGAGACAGGUCGUCGGGGCAAAUGAGUUCCGUCACCUGGCAUGGCACGUGCUUAUGGGAAAUCAGGUGAUAUGGCGAGGGGCAGACCCAGGUCUUAUCCAAUCAGCCUUCGAAAUACUAAAGGCCCUGCUUCCUGUGGGCUGCGUCCGCUCCAUGCUGUACAGCGCCCAGUACGAGGAGGCGUACCGAUGUAACUUCCUGGGUCUGAGCCCCGAUGUGGUCAUCCCCACUCAUGUCAGCUCCUCAGAAUUCUCUGUGCUUGUGGAUGUGGUGAAUGCAGAGAAAGGCUCUUUCUAUUCAGCUGCAUGUGAAGAGGACGUCCCCUCCCUCUACCAGUUCACCAUCAGCAGUGCCAACACACAACCAACAGACAAAGGUCCUUUGCUACUGAACAAGAUCGAGGUAGCGUUGUCUAACGAGAACCUGUCUGUGGAGGUGGUGUCUCACUGUCUACUGUGUCUGAAGGAGGAAUGGAUGAAUAAGGUGAAGGUGCUGUUCAAGUUCUCCAAAGUGGAUGGGCGAGGCAGGGAGGACACUCAGAAGGUGCUAGCCCUACUCGGGGCUACUGGUCCUGGGGAGGACGACAACGUGAGGCUCCUCAAGUUCUGGAUGACGGGCCUCAGCAAGACCUAUAAGAGCCAUCUGAUGACAGCUGUCCGAGGAGGGGAGAGGAGCCUGAGCCAGUGAUGG